AUGAGAAGGGCUAGAGUUCACUUUGGAUCUAUAAGACAACGAAGAGGAUUCGUCUAUGAUACGGAUUCCGAAAGUGAUGAUUAUGAGUGUAUGGACGAUUCAAAAGAUGAGAAAGAUAAUACGAAUACUCCAGUUCCUGGUAAAAGAGGUGUUGGAGAGGAUGAUGAAGAAUACGCAGCGGAUUACAUUGACGAAUAUAACAACGAAUUCGAAGGAUACUUGUUAAAUCAAGAUGUGGCCGAUUAUGCAGAAAAUGAUGAAGAUAAGAGGAAGUUUAUCAGUUAUGUCAAUAUGUCACUCGAUACUGGCUUAAUAGAAAAUUACGACUGUCGACAUGUCGUCGUUGCUCGAUGGACUCAAAUUGAUCAAACGGCAGCACUCAUCAACGCGAAAGCCAUCGUGAAUUUCUUCGAGACUGUUGGCUAUAGGUUAGGCCAGAAGAAUAGAAUAGGAUUCUCGUUAUCUUCCAAUGGCCCAGAACAAUACAUAAUUCUACCAAUGAUAUCAGUUGAUGAAGCAAAACGAAUUUGCAAUGAUUCGGAGACCAAGGGCUUUGGACUCAAUAGUACAAUAAUUCAUAUUAAUCCACUUAUUGGUGUAAACGGAAUCCGCCUGCAAGAUGGGAAUGAUUUUUUGCGAGUUUCUCAAGAAUGUUUCAACAAUUCGGAAAUGAUGGAUCUUUUCGUGAUCUCUAUUCGUUUAGAACUUCCAGAACGAUUAAAAGUAAUUGAGAAUGGAUUGAAUCUGAUCAAAAGAGGAAUAUCAGAACUGGUUGAUAAUGCUUCUUGCGAAACGUUCGGCUCUUUCUCAUCGAAAGUACGUCGAACUGGUUUUUCCGACAUUGAUAUCAAUGUCGAAUCGGUGCGGAAGCCAGGUCAACAAAUGCCGAGCCCCAGACCGUUGAAGCAAAUUCUAGCAUAUCCGAAGUGUAUCACCGAUCAUCCAUUGACUAAAGCAGAACUGGAAUCAUAUCCACAAGAGGAAACCGUUAAAAUACUGUUCCAUUGUUUCAACGAUAACCCUGUGUUCAAAAAUAAGUUCCGAAUUCGGUUUGUACCAGCACGAACUCCAAUACUGAUAUUUAACACAAUUACAAACGAUGGAAUGAACGUCUCGUAUGACAUAUCGAUAUGUAAUCAGAGAGGUGUAGACAAAGCAGAUCUGUUAGAUGAGUUUAUCAUCAAAGACAGAUCUGAGGACAACAAAAUGAAAAAUGCAAUGUUGUUCAUCGUGCAUUGGGCUCGCACUAACAAACUAUUGCCAGGAGCUUACUCGGACGAGAAGCUUGAGCCGAAAACCAACUUGAACUCCUAUAUUUUCAACCAGCUCAUCAUUCACUUCGUACAAGCUGCUGCUGACAAAAUAUUUAUUCAUCCGCAAGCAAGACUUGGCGCUCGAGUUGACGACUACAAUUUCGAUACACUGUUCGGAGAUUACGUCAAGUUUCUCAGUGACUUCUUUAAGUAUUACGCUAGUUUCGAUUUUACGACAAAGGCGAUUUACGGAAAGCAAGCUAUGCAAAAAACAACACUAGCUAAUGUGCACGGGGCAAAAGUGACACCGUUGAUGAUGAUGGAUCCAAUGGAUUGUACACACAAUAUCUCUGCUAAAGUAACAGAAGAAGCUAUGAAGCAAUUGAAUGGUCUCAUACGUAACACAUUAUUCAUUUUGAAACAAAAACAAUUCCGGCUAAAUUUGUUGCUUGAAACCAAUGAGACAGCUGUUGCAAUAAUGAAGAAUCGUGAAUCGAAAAUCAGCGUAACUGCGAAAAUGUUGGCAGGAACUGAAAAGCAUUACAUGUCCGUACAACUUCCUGAUGUUAUUGAAACUUCCAAUGAUUUGAUGCUGUUGCUAACUAGAAUUCUCCGGUUUGAUGUCAGUCCCAACUAUCAAGGACCAAGUGUCUACGAUCUAUACAACACUGGGGGUGUCGUUUUCUGCGUUCAAUCCAAGUCGUGGAUUGGUCGGCGGAAAAAGAAGCAUCAAAUGAAAAGUGCUCGAAGUGAUCUGACACCUCUCCAACUUGAUGUAAUCUGCAGUGAUACCUAUCAAUAUGAAGAUCAAAUGGUGGCCGAAAUUCGUGUUGUCAUGGGAAACGCUCCCAAAACAACAUGGAAAUUUGCCUACAUCGAAAUGAUGCACGGACAAGUUUCUGAUGUUCGCGAUGCAAUGCACUAUCUAAUGGAUCAAUUUGUGUUUAAUAAUAUUGAAGAAUUGUCGCAUAAUGGCAUACAAAGUAUCGCCAAAAUCCCUACUGCCGAAUCCAUGGAGUCUUAA